GAGAGAGAGAGAGAGAGAGAGAGAUGUCGGAUUGGGGGCCAGUGUUGAUAGCAGUGGUGCUGUUUGUGCUGUUGAGUCCAGGGCUACUGUUUCAGUUACCUGGUAGGCACAGAGUUGUGGAGUUUGGGAACAUGCACACAAGUGGCCUCUCCAUUCUUGUCCAUACAAUCCUCUAUUUUGGACUCAUUACCGUCUUCCUUAUUGCUAUGGGAGUUCACAUCCACACUGGCUAAUUUGUUGUUUCCUUUCUGCUUGGGCUUUUCUUGGUUUUUUUAGUUAAUUGUUGUUCUCUUAAUACAACUCUACUGAUGAUGUUGUAUUUAAUUUGCCCGUCCUGUUAGGGAAUUAUAAAUCAA